AACGGAAUUCCCAUCAAGAAAGAGGGAGAUAGUGAAAAUGGCGACAUGGGGUGCGUUUUGGGGAACAAGGGUAAUGGAAAUAGUGAAGAAGCAUGAUUCCGGCGGGCUUCUUUGGAAGAGAAUAAAGCUCACUCCUACUCGCAAAGCUAAUGCCAAGAAACGUCUUCGCCGUGUUUGGCAGAAUGAAGCUGUCUUGAGGGCAUGUUCUGAACCACCUCCAUCCGAAACUACAGAGGUAGAUGCUGGACAAACAAGUAAUGUGCAAUUAAAAACCAGUAAGAGUUAGCUCAGACGAGUAUGAAGAGGUAAAAUGAACUGUGGGUGACAGAGCUGCUUGCAAGGUCUUUAUUACACUUGGUCAACUACAUUAGUGUAUUACCCCUUGAAUUUUGCUUAACCUGUUAGCCUACUUUGUUAGUAUGAAGUGAACUGAUUUGGAUGUCUCACUUUUACAUGGGUUACUCUAGAUCAAAGUAUACUUUUCUUAGCUUAGCUGUACCGAGUAUUUAAAUCUGUGACAAAUUUUAUCAAAUGCAAUCUAUUGUGUUUCUGUUUGUGUUUGAUCA